GUCUCUCUAUUUCUCUCUUUCUAUCUGGGAAAAAAAAUUUAGAGCAGUGAAGACCAAAAGAAAAAAUAAUAAUAACUGAACCAGGAGGUGGCUCAGUGGCAAAGCACAUACCUGCAGCCCCCAGCUCAGUCCUUAGCACACACACACACACACACACAUAGAGUCAAGCAGGGAAAAUAGCAUAAUGGUUAUACAAAAAAAAAAAAAAAAUCCAUUGCUGAGACUUCAAAGUCCCAGGUUCAAUACCCACCACCACCAUAAGUCAAAGCUGAGUAAUGAUCUGGGGGGAAAAAAACUAAAUAAAAAUUGUACUACAGAAACUCAAUUUGUAAUAUAGCAUAUUUUACUCAAAUGUAAAUGAUGCAAAAAGAGUGUGUUGACAGUGAAAACUUCAAUUCACCCUUAAAGUUAAGAUUCCUGCAUUAUGUAUAGAAAUAGGCCAGCAAUUAAGUAAAAACAGUUUGUGCCUCUGAGUGAAAGAGGAAGUAGAAGUUCGCAGCGGUGCAGGGAGUUUUCAGAGUCACAGUCCCACUCCCAGAGCAUGGCCCAGCUGCUCCUGUUCCUCAUACUGCUCCUUCGCCUGGAAACAGGGACCACAGUUUCACAAACCAUCUCAACCCGUUUGGAUGUGGUAGGAACGUUGGGAAAGUCGGUAAUUCUUCCCCUGAGGAUUCCUGAAGGAGUGGAGUUUACAUCUGUUGCCUGGCUUCACAACCACACAUCUACUAUUGCCAUCUUAUAUAUAAACCCAGCACAAGGUUCACAGUUCUAUGUGGUUGAUCCAGUAUGGCAAGGUCGACUGGAGCUCAUCCAGCCCUACUCCUUGCAGCUCAGCAACCUGACAUGGAAAGAUAUGGGAUCCUACAGUGCUCAGAUAAACAUAAAGAACUCUAAACUAUUUUUCAAUUACUUUCUGCUGAUCUUCAAGCAACUGGGAGACUUACAAGUGACCCAUAAUGUUCGUUGGACUGAGAACAGUACCUGUAAGGUCCACCUGGCCUGCUCUGUAGUGGAUCCAGGUGACAACGUCAUGUUGCAGUGGCAGGUCCCAGGAAAUACAAGUGAAGUCAAUCUCACUCUCUCCUGGGAUCGAAGGAAAUGGAGUGAAGAGAACUACACCUGCACCGCCAGCAACCCUGUUAGCAAUGUAUCCUCCUCCGUCUCUCUCCGGGUUCUCUGCACAGAACUGCAUCCUGACCAGAAUUCCACACAGAAUAUAAUUUGGGUUGUUUUUAUAAUAUUCAUCAUCAUCAUCACCAUGACCAUCACCAUCACUGUGAUAUGUUGUCACAAGAGGAAGAAAAGACAUAACGUUCAUGUAUUCACUUGGCUUCCUGAAGUGACUGUGAACAACACAGAGUACUCGCUAACCUCCCCUGGAAGCACUGUAUAUGCCCAGGUCACUCAUCCUAUCAGGGCAAUGAGAACCCCACCACCCAUGAAAAAGGAAGACUCCUCCACGAUUUAUUCUACAGUUCAGCAGUCCAAUGAGAAUAAACCUAUUUCACCCAAAGCCACUGCUCUUAACAAUGUCAACUAAGUUGCUGAAAGGCCUCAAAGGAAUUCAAGUCUAAUGGUUAAUCUUUGGAUCUGACCUCACAGGUGAGAACAGAGCUAGGUUUCUACCUAGCAAUGGAAUUUAAACACCUAGGCUUAUCAGUUCCAGUUCUCCAGACUUAAACUUGCUACCUAGUUGGAACGUCUAAGGAACAACAAUUUCUGCAACAUUCAAUGCAAAUAGCAUUUUCUUGUCUGCUCCAUGUCAAUAUCCACUUUAGCAAACCCACCUGAAUAUUAACAUUUUCUUUUGAAAACAAAGAAAAGUUUUCUGUGAAGGUUUGGAAACUGUAAAAGCUAAGUUGCUGUUGAAAGCUCCUAAUUCAGAAGGCCACCACAUGUCUCCUUCUAGAAGCAGCAGGACUGUGACUCUUGGGAAGAGAGCAGUGUGGGGGAUAUAUGUGUCUUCUUCCAAGCUGGACAGUCCAUUCUUAUAUCCUCAUACAUAUUCGCUAGACAUACCUCCUGGGACAAGUUGCCUAACCCCUUGGGACUUAACUAUCCUAGACUGGAAAUGGAAGAGGAUGCUAAUGUUAGAUGGAGAUUAGAAGCCGUUACUCACACCAAGAAUCUGAUUCUGCCUACAACUUCUCAACCACCCAGUCUUUGGACUCAAAUGUAUAUAUCUUAGACCUCUCACCAAAUCGUCAACCAUAAUCUAUAACCAGCCUUUAUCAUCAACAGGGAAUAGAUAAUGAAUUCUGAACAGGUCUCCUCAACUUUUGCCCAUCUCCCUCCAGUCCACUCUCCAAAGCCCAGCCUGAGUAGUAUGUUUAGUAGAAAUGUUGUCCAUUAUUUCUACUGUAAAUCAUACAAGUUUUACCCAAUGCACUGGGGGAAGAAAUUAUCUCUCCCAGGCUGGGAGUAUGGAUCGACCUGUCAAUACCUACGUUCAGCAGGGAAGCAAUUACAGAAGCCAGACCUUCCACUUUCUGCAUCCCAUAAUGACCCUGGGUCAAUAGUCCCAGAGGGUCAAAGAACAGAAAAGCUAGCAGGGGAGGUGAUGGGAUAUGGAGCUCUGGUGGUGGGAAUUGUACCACUCUUAUCCUAUGGUCUUGUCAGUGUUUCCAUUUUAUAAAUAAAUAAAUAAGAAAUUAUCUCUCCAUGACCCUAAAUGUGUUCUGGCCCAUCUCCAACUUCAGCUAAGGCCAUCUUCAUUUCCCCAGAUCUCUUUUAAUCUCCUGAUAUUAUUUCAGUACCUCUAUUAGGGGAAAGAAUUUAGAGCCAUUCACUUAACUUCCUAACUACCUGGAUCCUUCUUAUUCUUUAGGUGAUAACUUACAUCUGUCAUGAGCAGCUGGGGAGGUGGCUCAGUGGUAAAGUGCAGGACUAGAUUGUAUGAGGCUCCAGGUUCAAUCCCAGCCUCAGUAUAAACUGGAUCUAUACUCUGGCUUCUCUCUCACAAAAAUAAUAUAUCAGAUUAAAUCAUAUUAUAUUAUAUAUCA